AUGCGGUCCACACUUCGGCUACUGGCCAAUGUCAAGCCCCGGUAUCUGGAGCCCUUCGCUCCCACCGGAUUGACUGGCCUGAACACCCACCCAAGCCCUCGUCCGACUCUAAUCUAUCUCUACACCACGACUCUCCAGAAGCUGUCCAACUUCCCCGAGUCCUCCGCCUACCGCCAGUCUGUCGAGGCCUUGUCUCGCCACCGUCUUCAGAUUGUUGAGUCGCAGAAGCCUCCCGGUUUCGAGCAGUGGUUGGAGCGUGUGAAGAAGACUGUUGGAGCCGAGCCCGAGCGAUUCGCCCAACUCCAGCGCUCCGACGGUACAUUCGCUUUCGUUGGCUCGCAGCAACCCGACGGAAGUGACAACGCUCGCGGCGAGGAAUGGGAUGGUGAGGGUUUGUCUGCCUCUACCGAGGGCCCUGCGCGUACCCCGCAAGAAGCCGCUGAGUGGCAGAAGAUUAUCAAGGAGUCCAGCUCCACCACCAACAAAGUAGAGGCAGACCACUACGAGCAUCACAUGUCUUGGGAGAAUGAGCCCGCUCUGGAGGCUGAGCAGAUCUCCCAGAUUGAGCAGAAGAUUGGCGCCGGUCUCAUCGAGGAGGUCAUCCAGGUUGCCGAGGCGGAGCUCAAGUUGACUGAUGAGCUGUACAAGGCUAAAGUGUGGGAGGAGCUUGAGGAGAAGCCUGUCCCUGGCCAAUGGACUUAUUUUGCGCGCGGAAACUAA